AUGCCCCUGGCCGAGAAGCGGGAGAAGAGCUGCGCCUUCGCGCCCAUGAUGAUCGAGGAGGACGCCGCCCUGAGGAACGGCAGCAGGGGGCUCUCGGGCCAGUGGGCGGACGCGGCGGCGGUGCGACCGCGCACCACGGAGCGGCACAUCACGGUGCACAAGCGGCUGGUGCUGGCCUUCGCCGUCUCUAUCCUGGCCCUGCUGGUGGUCACCAUGAUCGCCGUCCUGCUCAGCGUGCGCAUCGAGGAGUGCGGCAGCAGCGGCGGCGGCGGCGACCGCGCGGCGGACGGCCCAGCAGGCAGGGCGGGCAACGGGAGCGCCCCGGCCGCCGCGGGAAGCGCCCGCCUGAACCGUGACCACGCCGGGGAGCUCCCUGGGCGCGGAGGGGUGGAACCGGCGGCGCCAGCAGCGGGAGGCGGGCAGGGCGAGGCGGCGGAGGAGGCGGAGGCGGAGGAGGAGUGGCAGCGGCGGCGGGAGCAGCCGCCCUGGACUCAGCUGCGCCUGCCCGGGCACCUGCGCCCGCUGCACUACAACCUGAUGCUGAGCGCCUUCAUGGAGAACUUCACCUUCAGCGGCGAGGUCAACGUGCAGGUCGAGUGCCUCAACGCCACCCGCUACAUCGUCCUCCACGCCCACCGCAUGCACAUCGAGGCCGUCCGCGUGGCCGAGGACCGGCUGGCCGGCGCCCUGCGCGUCUCCACCUUCUUCCUCUACCCGCAGACGCAGGUCUUCGUGGUCGCCCUCAACCGGAGCCUGGAGGCGCUGCGAAGUUACAACCUCAAGAUCCUCUACCACGCGCCCAUCGAGAACGAGCUGCUGGGCUUCUUCCGCAGCUCUUAUGUGCUCUACGGGGAGAGAAGGUUCCUUGCAGUUACACAGUUUUCUCCUACUCAUGCCAGAAAAGCCUUUCCUUGCUUUGAUGAGCCUAUCUACAAGGCCACAUUCAAAAUCAGCAUCAAACAUCAAGCAACCUAUUUAUCUUUGUCCAAUAUGCCUGUGGAAACUUCGGUUUUUGAAGAAGAUGGAUGGGUUACAGACCACUUUUCACAGACUCCCCUCAUGUCUACAUAUUACCUAGCCUGGGCAGUUUGCAACUUUACAUUCCGUGAGACUACCACUAAGAAUGGUGUUGUAAUACGAUUAUAUGCAAGACCUGAUGCCAUUAGAAGAGGAUCUGGGGACUAUGCUCUGAACAUAACUCGGAGACUAAUUGAGUUUUAUGAAGACUACUUCAAAGUGCCGUAUUCCCUUCCAAAACUAGAUCUAUUAGCUGUGCCUAAGCAUCCAUAUGCUGCUAUGGAGAACUGGGGAUUAAGUGUUUUUGUGGAGCAGAGAAUACUUCUGGAUCCCAGCAUUUCUUCCAUAUCAUACUUACUUGAUGUCACAAUGGUCAUUGUACAUGAGCUAUGCCAUCAGUGGUUUGGUGACCUUGUGACUCCAGUAUGGUGGGAAGACGUAUGGCUAAAAGAAGGCUUUGCUCACUAUUUUGAAUUUGUUGGAACUGACUAUCUUUAUCCUGGCUGGAAUAUGGAGAAGCAGAGAUUUCUGACUGAUGUCUUGCAUGAAGUCAUGCUUCUUGAUGGCCUCGCCAGUUCCCAUCCAGUGUCACAGGAAGUGCAACAAGCCACAGACAUUGACAGGGUGUUCGACUGGAUUGCCUAUAAAAAGGGUGCGGCCUUAAUUCGAAUGCUGGCUAAUUUUAUGGGUCACUCAGUGUUUCAGAUGGGCCUGCAAGAUUAUUUAACCAUACACAAGUAUGGCAAUGCUGCCAGAAAGGACCUAUGGGACACACUGUCAGAGGCACUUAAGAAGGUUGGAAAAUUUGUGAAUAUCCAAGAAGUAAUGGAUCAGUGGACUCUUCAGAUGGGUUAUCCUGUUAUCACCAUCAUGGGAAAUGAAACUGCAGACAACUUCAUAGGAAUCUCUCAAGAGCAUUUUAUUUAUGAUCUUGAUAUUAAAGCCAAGGAUCCCGCUGUUGGAAACAACAGCUACUUAUGGCAGAUUCCAUUAACAAUUGCAGUAGGAAAUACGAGCCACAUCUCAUCAGAGGCAAUUAUAUGGGUGUCUAACAAAUCAGAGCAUCACAGGAUUGCUUCUCUUAAUGAGAGGAGUUGGCUGCUGGGGAAUAUCAAUCAAACUGGAUAUUUUAGGGUUAAUUAUGAUGUUAGAAAUUGGAGAUUGUUAAUUGACCAACUAAUGAAGAACCAUAAGGUCAUCUCUGUCAGUAAUCGAGCAGGUUUGAUCGAUGAUGCGUUCAAUUUAGCCAGAGCUGGCUAUCUGCCUCAGAAUAUUCCCCUGGAGAUUAUAAGAUACCUAUCUAAGGAAAAGGAAUUUCUGCCAUGGCAUGCUGCCAGCCAAGCUCUUUAUCCUCUAGAUAAAUUGCUGGACCGCACUGAAAACUACAACAUCUUCAAUGAAUAUAUAUUAAAACAAGUUGCUUCAAUGUAUCUCAAGCUUGGAUGGCCAACAAAUAAUGUGGACAAAUCCUUUGUUCAAGCUUCCUACCAAGCUUCCUACCAGCAUGAGGAGUUGCGUCGUGAAGUCAUUAUGCUGGCUUGCAGUUUUGGUAAUAAGCACUGCCACCAGCAGGCUGCAACAUUAAUCUCAGAUUGGAUUUCCAGCAACAGAAACAGAAUACCAUUAAAUGUAAGAGACAUCGUCUACUGCACAGGAGUUUCAUUGAUGGAUGAAGAUGUAUGGGAGUUCAUCUGGAUGAAAUUCCACUCUACAAUUGCAGUAUCAGAGAAGAAAAUAUUAUUAGAAGCCUUAACGUGCAGUGAUGAUAGAAAUUUGUUAAACAGGCUUCUUAACCUAUCUCUCAAUUCAGAAGUUGUCUUGGACCAAGAUGCAAUUGAUGUCAUAAUCCAUGUAGCCAGAAAUCCACAUGGAAGAGAUCUUGCUUGGAAGUUUUUUAGAGAAAAAUGGAAAAUAUUGAAUGCAAGAUAUGGAGAAGCAUUAUUUAUGAAUUCCAAACUUAUCAGUGGAGUCACGGAAUUUCUUAAUACAGACAGUGAACUAAAUGAGCUAAAGAACUUUAUAACAGCUUAUGAGGAGGGAUCUGCGGCCUCUUUCUCCCGAGCUGUGGAAACUGUGGAAGCUAAUGUCCGGUGGCAGACACUUUAUAAAGAGGAAUUAUUUCAGUGGCUGAGAAAAUCACUGACCCACUAAUCAGUGUGUCUGACAAAGAUUUAGUACCACUUUUUGCAAGAGGAGACUCACUAUGUGAAAUCCUAAGAACCUGCAACUGGAAUUCCAAUGAAGACAAGUUCCGUUUGGGAGGAUAUAUAUAGAGAGACAUACUAUAUUUUUGCACCAAUCUCCUCAAAACUGUAAAAGACAAGGGAAGAAAAACAAAGUUCUGACAAAGAGAAAAGGUCAUGAACGCUUACAAAACUGAGUCCUUACUGUACCAUGACCAAAUGUGAUAUUAAGUGGUGCAUGUAAAUGUUUCUGUCAUUGCGGGGGUGGGGGGAUCCUUCAGAAUAUUUGUGCAUGUUGUAAGGUCCCUGCCUGUAUCCAGCAUGCUUAUUUAAAGUGUCCAUGUUUUGUAUGUGAAAUUCUGUUACAUCAAAGAUGGGCAUUAUGCAAAAGCACAAAGACUAUGACAAUCAGUGUUGCAAAGACAAGGUAGGAUGGGAAGAAGGAAGUGAAAGCUACAUACAAGCAACAUGUGAUGAUGUGUCAGCUGUACACAUCAUGGGACACUUACGUCAGCACGCCGAUUGUGUCUCAGACUCAGUUACUACUGAAAUGCUAACUCUAUUUUUGAGUUGCAGUGUAUCAUAUAACUUAUAGUCUUAAAUACUUCCUUAUGUAAGUUCCGUACCUAUUGAGAGACAGAUUACUUUCACAAUGUGCUGUAAUUUCAAAGGAGAAUUUUAUUCACCAAUGAUCAGCUAACAACAAAUGUAGCUCUCUGAUCAUAAGUUUAGACAGUCUUCAUGACAGAUACACAAAUACACAUAUUUGAUUGGAUUGAAUCCAUAAAUUACCCAGCUGUGUGAUUUUUCUUCUUUGUGAACUCAGCAAGACAUAUUCAGUAGGUGUUACUCAGCUAGGGUAGUAACAAGUUACGCAGCUGUUGAUGAACAAUGUCAUAAAUACUCAUCAACACUGAAGGGGAGGUUGACAAAAAAGUUACCUGUGGAGAUGUGUUGUGAAAUGGUCUAAACUGUAAUGGACAGGCAAUGCUGUUCCCCUCCCCUCAUCAUCCUGUCAACAUGAGUCUUAUCACAAAUUGAUAGUUAUAAAAAUUAAUGUAUGGUGGCCUAUAUUCAACAUAAUGGGUUUGAUCCAGCACAAAAAUUCUGCUUGCUCUAGAACUCUUGUGCAAGCAGAAGUGCAAGAAAAACACUACACUAACCACAUGCGCUAAGUCAAACUAUUGUAUUUCCACUUGCACAAGACAUUGUGCAAUCAAACCUGGAUUUUCAGGAAAUGAGCCUAGUAGUAUGUUCAUUCUCAGAAUGGCUCCCCAAGGUACAAUGUGUGAAAGGGAGAUGAUUGUUCUUCUUGAAGCCAUGAAAAAAAGAUCUGGAGUUUCUCUGCUCAUGAAGAGCUCUUUACAGAACUCUGUUGAAUACUGGAUCAGAAUAAGGGACAUGAUGAUAGGUCUAGGGUAUCAUAAAAUAAUCCCCCAAGUGCAUUCCCAGUAGAAAUAGCUAAAGGAUGUCUUCAUGGCUCAUCAGGAAAUGUUGCACAAGAUCUCACACAAUUCCUGCCACAGGCAGAGCUAUGCUAAGUAGAUUUCCUUUUGCACAUUGCUGGAUCCAACCCAGUAUCUAAUACUGUACUUUUGUCAUAUAAAGUAUUUUUCAAAGAAGUGAAGCCUCUCUAAACCUUUAAUUAUUUUCUUUCUUACAGUUCUUCAAAGAAUAAUGGGCUUGCUAAGAUGCAAUAGAAUUCUUCCCUGUUGUCUCAUGUUUUUCCAUCUUAGGAACAGUCUAGUGUGGAAAAUAGCUAUUGACUACAGCAAGCAAAGUUUAAGUGCUUUCUAUUAUCCACUAUGUUUAGUUCGCUAUAAUCUUUCUGUGUUCUCUCUCUCCUGAUAUAGAAGUUAAAUGGUCAUAGUCUACAAGGGAAGGAAAUACUUUAUUGGAUAGUUAAUUUUGAAGGAGAGCACAGCUCAAAUAAUAACAUUACAAUAACAGCAACUAGACAUUUUUUCACAUAAUACCGAAUUGGGAGCUUGGCUACAAGCCCAUGUGUAGUACAAUAGCUUGGCUGGUUGGAAAGCUGCCAGUACUGGAUGGAGAGACUGUUUCCAUGGAAUUGUUUUUAUCAAGAGUUGUCCAAAAUAUCUCUAAGUAUUCUAAGCUUUGAGCCCUUUCCAACAUAUAAGGGGGUCAAUAUUAACUGAAGUCAAUAAGGCUGAUGAUCUUUAAUGUUCUUCAUUGAAUGGCCACUAUACGGAGGCCUUCUUUAAAUAAGGAUGGUGGGAUUUAUUGUUGUUACUUGAAAUAGUGUGUGGACUCUAGUAAAGUGUUUGACUCUAGUCAGUAUUUGUAUCUAUUCAAAUGCUGUUCCUUCCUGCAUCAAAGUCAUACAACAUUUAAUCUCUGGAAUUCUCUUUGUAUAUCAAGAGUGACCAAAUUGUAGGUUGGUAACAUCAGCAUAACACAGCUCUCAGGCUGUUCAGUAACAGUUCCAAGGCAAUCUAUAAUAGUGGAAUAGAUAUUUUCUGUUAAAUUCUCGUGCCUGCAGUGGAUAAGACUGAGUAUUGGCAGAUCUCUCUGCUUCUUUGCUGCCAAAUUCAGGCCAAAGAAGCCUAGGCAAUGGAAGAAUAGCCACAGGGAUGGCACAAUAGGACAAAGAAAGAUAUAACAGCCUCGCUAUAAGAUGGGACUGAAGCAGAAACUGUUGGUGAUAUUGGUCUGGAAAGGGCAGCUGGGAAUGGAAACACACAAGAUGAAUUUCACGUGAAGAGCAUUUGAUUGGUCCCACAAUCUUCCCAGGGAAUGGUAGUCUUACUGCCUCCCCUCUACAAGCAACUGGAGGAAAACUGAGCAAAGUGGAUUUUCUUGCAAAGAACAGCCACUUGACUGGAGAGAUUCUCUUUCAAAGAGAUUCUCUUUCAAAAAUCCAUUCAGCUGGUUUUCCUUCAGAAGCUCAGAGACAGGGUGGGGGGGAUGUAACAGGACCCUUCCAGGAGAAGAAGAAUGGGAGGGACUGGGUUUCUAUCUCGCUCGCAAAACACCUUGGCUUUUUUCCUGACUCUUGUUAUGUUGUGCAGUACUCAUUUUUGAAA